UAUAUUUUAAGCAAAUGGUGAUGUUUCAAGUCUACAUAUACUAUAAUUAUCUCAAUUAACAAGAAAUUGAAGAAGGAAGUGGAAGCUUUAUUGAAAUGAACAAUUAGAAUGCUGCCCAAUUGGAGGAUGCAAUUAUAACUCCUAUCUAAUUAAUUGGCAAUUAUAACUCCCUGUCUAAUUAAUUUAGGAAAGGAAAGAGGAGAAUUGACAGAAGAGGAGAGAUUUGGAGAGGAAUAAGAAGAGGAGAGAGAGACCAAGGAAGAAGAAACCAUUUUGUGCCUGUUUCCUUAGUCUAGCUUCCUUCCUUAUACUGGUGGAGCUUCGUAGCUCUUAUGAUCGAAGAAGUACCAUUAUCUCAGUGUUACUAGCAAAAAAGAUCCUCCAUAUUCGCCUCUUAUAACUAACUUUCCCGCCAAUCACUAGUUUAACUAACUGCCUAUCUAGAAGCUGUGAUAAACUGCGUGCAUGAGUGCUUAUUCUCUGUGCCAUUAGUAUUCUGAUGCUGUUGGAUUGAAGCUCUCAUGCUGUAAGCAGACAGUUCAGUGAACGGAUUUAAGGAAUGAUCCUCUCUGCACUUUUGACUUCUGUUGGAAUCAAUCUUGGCCUUUGUUUUCUCUUCUUCACAUUGUAUUCUAUAUUGAGAAAGCAGCCAGGAAAUGCUGAAGUUUAUGCACCGCGUUUGGUUGCUGAGGGGAAAUCUCAGCAAACAAACGAUUUCAAUUUGGAAAGAUUGUUGCCUUCUGCUGGUUGGGUGACAAGGGCAUGGAAACUCUCAGAAGCAGAGCUCUUGUCUGCUUCGGGCUUGGAUGGCGUUGUCUUCAUGCGCAUUUUUAUAUUCAGUGCUAGAGUAUUUGCCUUUGCUGUCGUCGUUGGGGUUUUCAUUCUUCUUCCUAUCAAUUACAUGGGGAAACAACUAAGUCUUGAUAUUUUUGACUUGCCCAACAAGUCUCUGGAAUCAUUCACUAUAUCAAAUGUUGACGAUGGAUCAAACAGGUAAACAGAUUCAUGUUCCACCCUAAAAUUUAUUCAACUAUGAUGUCAAUAGAGGUUCUCUCACUACAUAGAAUAUUGACAUGGUGAAAGUAAAACCGACCUUUUGGCAGUUUAAAAAUUGGAACACAUUCUUGUCUUUUGGAGCAACGGUAUAGUUUUCUCAGCCGUGAAAGCAGUCACUAAUGCUUGUAUUAGGGUUGGAUGUCUAUAUCACACCCCUUGGGGUGCGGCCCUUCCCCCGACUCUGCGUGAAUGCGUGAUGCCUUGUGUAUCGGGCUGCCCUAUUUCUUGUCUUUCCAUGAAACUGAAAUCAACUCGGUUUAUAGUCUUGGUGAAAAUAUUGUUUCUUUUAGUAACAAAGUGUAGCUAAAAGAUGUCGUUUGAUAUUAUGCUGCUCAAACAGUGGUGUGGCAGAGUCCAGGACUUUGGUAUCCAUGAAUGUAUAAGUUUUUAACAGGAAGCAUUUUGUUACCAUACCAACAAUGGAAAUUAGAUUGAGAACCACUAUGCAAAAGCCUGAUAUAAAUCGCUUUGACAUUCAACUCAUCAUUCACCAGAAUUUAUGGUACCCUUGAUACUUGUGCAUAUUUCUUGAUUUUUCAAUUUGGAUGUCAAUUUCUAAAGAAUUAUAAAAGAAUCUUCUUAAAAAAAAUAAAGAAUGACGAGAGUGUAGUGUGCUGAAAAAGCCAGUUUAGCCUAUAUUUUUAGAAAUGGUCAUGGAACUAGGUGGCGAUUUUGUGUUUAGUCCUUUAGGAAAUGCUGAUAGACUAAGAAAAAUUGUUCUUGUAGGUUGGUUUUGUAAUAAAUGUACAGGAUACAGAUGACGUUAAUCCAAAAUGAUGUGAAUGACCACCAGGCAAGAAGAAAUCAAGCAUUUCCCUUUUAAUUAAAAAAGGAGCAGAAGUGAUAAAAAGAGACACAUUAGGAUUCUGCUAGAAGUAAAUACUAAGUGACUUUCUUACACUAAGUGGCUUUCUUGACAUUGUUAGAGGGUUAAUGAGUAUCAGCCUUCAAAGUAAAAGUUAUGCUGUUGGCUUUCUUCUAAAAGUGCGAGCGAAUUAUGGCUUAAAUAUUGUUGUGUUAAAUCGUCUUUUGUCAGCUGUUAGGUUUUCUCUUGGUCAUAAGAAAUAUCUUUUUCUUUCAGCUCUGCUCAAGAUAGCAGAUUGCAUGUCAUCAAUCACAUACAUCCUAAAUUUCUCACCUGGUUACCAGUUAUGCUCAGACACUUGAAGCUAUACGAUAUUUAUCUACAGAAUGCUCAAAGUGGGUCCCUCAAAGAAUAACAUCGUUAUCAGAGUGUAUCAGAGUGUUCAGUAACAGCUCCACACCUAUUAUGCUGCAUCUUAUACAUCAACAUUGUUAUGCUGUCAAUGUCUUGAACUAAAUGUAUCUAUAAUCAUUUACUAAUUACUAAUGGAAGUUGAGAGAGGAUCACGUGAUGAGUUGGACAAAUAAUUUGAUAUUGGUAGUUGGCA